UGGCGCAGAGCAUAUCGCCGGAGAGGCUGCUGAGGAGGGGAGCCGUGCACAGGAAUUUAGUGUCCAGUGCAAUGUGACACACACAGAUCUACAGACCACGAGCCGAGAACAGCCCACUCAAGACAAAUUCACUUCACAGCAGCCCACGCUUCCACGUCUACAAUAACUUCCAGCACUUAAAGCAACAAUAGACUGCGCGAUAUCAGCAUUGAUCACUCAAGACCUGUUCAAUGCACCAUGGUUCUUCGGGUCUGGUACCCUUCUUGGAUUACAUCAUGCUUCUUCUUCUUGGGUUUUGCACACAUGGUGGAGGGACAGUCUAUAAAAGAAGUAAUAUUGCUGGACUCCAAAGCACAACAGACCGAACUGGAAUGGAUCUCUACUCCCUCCAGUGGGUGGGAAGAAAUCAGUGGAUUGGAUGAAAAUUACACGCCAAUUAGAACUUAUCAGGUAUGUCAGGUCUUGGAGCCCAACCAGAACAACUGGCUGCGGACUAACUGGAUUUCAAAGGGGAACGCACAAAGGAUUUUUGUUGAGCUGAAGUUCACAUUAAGGGAUUGUAAUAGUCUUCCUGGUGUACUGGGAACUUGCAAGGAAACCUUUAACUUGUAUUAUUACGAAACAGAUUAUGAUACUGGCAGAAACAUGAGAGAAAAUCAAUACGUGAAAAUAGAUACUAUUGCAGCGGACGAAAGUUUUACCCAAGGAGACCUUGGGGAACGGAAAAUGAAACUUAACACAGAGGUCCGAGAGAUUGGACCUCUUUCCAGAAAAGGAUUUUACCUGGCAUUUCAGGACGUUGGAGCCUGUAUUGCUUUGGUCUCUGUGAAAGUGUACUACAAAAAAUGUUGGUCCAUUAUUGAGAAUUUAGCCAUUUUCCCUGAUACCGUCACUGGUUCAGAAUUCUCAUCCUUGGUCGAAGUAAGAGGGACCUGUGUGACCAAUGCUGAAGAAGAAGCGGAAAAUUCUCCCAGGAUGCACUGCAGUGCUGAAGGCGAGUGGUUGGUGCCCAUCGGGAAAUGUAUCUGUAGAGCAGGAUACCAGCAAAAAGGAGACACAUGUGAACCAUGUGGUCGUGGCUUCUACAAAUCAUCUUCUCAAGAUUUACAGUGCUCCAGAUGUCCUGCACACAGCUUCUCGGACAGGGAAGGAUCACCCCUCUGUGACUGUGAAGAUGGCUACUACAGAGCUUUCUCCGAUGAACCAUAUACUGCAUGUACAAGACCUCCAUCUGCUCCACAGAACCUUAUUUACAAUAUUAACCAGACAACAGUGACCCUGGAGUGGAGUCCUCCAGCUGACAAUGGUGGAAGGAAUGAUGUCACCUACCGAGUUAUAUGCAAAAGAUGUAGCUGGGAGCAGGGUGAAUGUGUAACCUGUGGGAACACCGUUGGAUACGUACCGCAGCAAAGUGGAUUAAUUGAUACCUACAUCACAAUCGUUGACCUUGUGGCUCACGCUAAUUACACGUUUGAAGUAGAAGCUGUGAACGGGGUUUCAGACCUGAGUCGUUCCCAAAGGCUGUUUGCCGCUGUCAGUAUUACAACUGGUCAAGCAGCUCCCUCGCAAGUGAGUGGAGUCAUGAAAGAGAGGGUCCUACAGCGUGUUGUCGACCUAUCAUGGCAGGAACCUGACCAUCCCAAUGGAGUCAUCACAGAAUACGAAAUCAAGUAUUAUGAGAAAGAUCAAAGAGAGCGUACCUACUCCAUGCUGAAAACCAAGGCUACUUCCGCGUCAAUUAACAAUCUGCGGCCAGGAACAGUUUACGUUUUCCAAAUCCGUGCUUUUACUGCUGCUGGCUAUGGGAUGUAUAGCCCAAGACUUGAUAUAACGACCCUUGAGGAAGCCACCGCUACUGCUGUCUCCAGCGAACAGAACCCUGUUAUUAUUAUAGCCGUGGUUGCUGUUGCAGGAACUAUCAUUUUGGUCUUCAUGGUCUUCGGAUUCAUCAUCGGGAGAAGGCAUUGCGGCUACAGCAAGGCUGACCAAGAAGGGGACGAGGAACUAUACUUUCAUUUUAAAUUUCCAGGCACCAAAACCUACAUUGACCCUGAAACCUAUGAGGAUCCGAACAGAGCUGUCCAUCAAUUUGCCAAGGAACUGGAUGCCUCUUGUAUUAAAAUCGAGCGCGUGAUUGGUUCAGGGGAGUUUGGGGAAGUCUGCAGUGGUCGUCUGAAGCUUCCUGGAAAGAGAGAUGUUGCAGUCGCUAUAAAAACACUAAAGGUUGGCUUUACCGAAAAACAAAGGAGAGAUUUCCUUUGUGAAGCCAGCAUCAUGGGCCAGUUUGACCACCCAAACGUUGUCCAUUUAGAGGGCGUUGUCACUCGAGGAAAACCGAUAAUGAUCGUUAUAGAAUUCAUGGAAAAUGGAGCACUUGAUGCAUUUUUAAGGAAUUGUUUGGAAUGGUUUACUUCACCUCCAAAAUCUAAACGCUCAGGAUCUACUCAGACAAUGCCCCAUGUUAAAGUCCACACAUUAAACACUCCGGGGACUAAUGCACAGAAACACGAUGGACAAUUUACUGUUAUCCAGCUCGUGGGAAUGUUAAGAGGAAUCGCGGCAGGCAUGAGAUAUCUGGCUGACAUGGGAUAUGUGCACAGGGACCUCGCAGCACGCAACAUACUUGUCAAUAGUAACCUUGUCUGCAAAGUGUCUGACUUUGGUUUGUCUAGAGUUAUAGAAGACGACCCGGAUGCCGUGUACACAACUACAGGGGGGAAGAUUCCUGUACGAUGGACAGCCCCAGAAGCUAUUCAGUAUCGCAAAUUCACAUCAGCCAGUGACGUCUGGAGUUAUGGCAUCGUAAUGUGGGAAGUAAUGUCCUAUGGAGAGAGACCUUAUUGGGACAUGUCCAACCAGGAUGUUAUAAAAGCCAUCGAGGAGGGUUACCGUUUGCCAGCACCAAUGGAUUGUCCAGCUGGCCUUCAUCAGUUAAUGUUAGACUGCUGGCAGAAGGAACGCGGAGAAAGGCCUAAAUUCGAACAGAUUGUCGGCAUUUUAGACAAAAUGAUACGGAACCCCAAUAGCCUGAAGACUCCCAUGGGCACCUGUAAUAGGCCUGUUAGUCCUCUUCUGGAUCAGAAUACUCCUGAUUUCACAGCAUUCUGCUCAGUUGGAGAGUGGUUGGAAGCUAUCAAGAUGGAGCGCUACAAAGAAAACUUCAGCUCCGCAGGAUACAAUUCCCUUGAUGCUGUUGCUAGAAUGACUAUUGAUGAUGUCAUGAGCUUAGGUAUAUCAUUGGUUGGCCAUCAGAAGAAAAUUAUGAGCAGUAUUCAGACUAUGAGAGCACAAAUGUUACAUCUCCAUGGAACAGGCAUCCAGGUGUGAUUGACCGUCCUCCCUUUGCUAGGGAGGUGAGACUAAGAGACAACAGCACUGGCCUUCACUAUUUCAGAACUGCUGCUAGAGUAUGCUCAGAUUCCUGAGUCUCGUUACUACGGCUUUCUACAGUAGAUUACAAAAAAUCAACUAGAUCCUCAAGCACCUAUAGACUUGAACUCCUAAGUGCCACCAGACAUUUCAAGAGAGAGAAUUUGGAUUAAAUUGAUGUGGCAAGAAAGACAGCAGUAAAAAAAUCUAAGUACUACCUGACAAAAAAAAAUAAAUUAUAGCUCUCUAACCUCCUUUUUACCCAAUGGACUUUUUCACAUGUACUGUACAUAAUGAAUUUUAAAAAAAAAGAAUAUAUUUGUUGGAAAAAAAAAAAAAAAACAGACUCUUGGUAAAUGCAGCAAAAUAUUUUCUUUAAGAUGUGACCUAUAAAAUGAUAUUAUUUUUUCAUGUGUUUUAUUUUAUCCCCGCACCCCUCUAUUUAUGGGUGCGCUAUGUUUAAUUUCACACAUAUUAGGGAAACUAUAAAUAGCAUGGUUGAAUGCUGGUAUUCAAGCGUUUUACUUAGUUACUCCAUAGACGCUGGCAGAUCAGCAAACACAAUUUCUGCAGUUUAAUUGCUCUGCUAUUUUUAGAUAUUUUGUAGGGAUUUGCUGAAUACAAAGCAAUAAUGGCACUGUGAGUGGCCAUAGCACCUUUUGAUAUUGAAAACACAGAGGAAAAAAGAAAUAAUUGUUGAAAAUUGAGAGUUACACAAUUCUCUGUAAAAGCAGGGUCUUCAAAACUAGACAUUUACUAGUACUGUACAAUAUAUUACGCUGCAUCCCCAUAUACAUACUGACAACUACACAGAAAAUGACUCUUUUUCGCAAUUGUACAAACGUUUCACUGCCUGCAAUCAAGCGCAAGGUCGACAAAGAAUCAUUUUUUUUUACAAUGAUAGAUUUCAAACAAAUAGCCAAAAUAUAUUUUGUACAAGAUCUUGUCUAAGCAAUCCAUGAUGUGAUUGUAUGGUUCUAGAUUUUAUAUUAGCACUAUAUAUAUAGAUAUAUAUAUAUAUCAGGGUGAAAAGGGUAGUUGUUUUGUUUACGAUUGGAGAGUUAUACGUCAUAAAACAAGAUCUAACUGCAUUAUAUGUCAAUUAGGAUAAAGUGUUUUUUUUUAUUAUUACUACAUGAAAAUACGAUGAGAAUUUUAUGCCUUUUUCUGUCUACCGGAAGCAAUAAUAAAUUGUGUCUUUCUAGAUAUUCCCUUUGUGCAUAUCUUUAGAGUAAGAGAUAUAUUUGUAAAAUUAUGUUGAGACAGUGAACGACCCUUAAAGUGGAAUCAAGUCCUUCCAAACAGAUUCGGGUUGAUUAAAAAAAGAUCCCAGGGAUCUGUCUGAAAAAAAAAGUCUUCUUCAAUUAAUGUGGUCAUCCACAUGAUUGUAAAUGUUUCAAUGUAAAGUGUGUAAAUUUUAUUUAUACUGUCUUGUUUUGUACACACAUUUCUCUGUAGUGAGCUCUGAAUACAUUGAAAAUGCACUAUAUUUUUCUAUUUUACUUGCGGAGAAACACAAUAAAACAGGUAUUUCAGUGCUACAUAAUGUAUUUUACCAUAUAGGACCAAAGAUGGCUGCAGAAAACACAAAUGGAUAUUCUCUUUUGCUUGUUUUUCUAUUUAGUCAUUUAAACUUAUGUACAUUGUUAUGUUCUUGCCAUUUUUUUUUAUUUAUUUCAUUUGUUAGAUUAUAAUUUCUAAAAUGUUUUCCUUUGAAUAAAAUCAGUACAAUAUUUACAAUAUUUCCAUUUCAUAAACACUUCCAUUUGUAAUCUUUGUACUAGACUGUAAAUAUAUUUUUGGAACUAUAACCAUAGUCUGCUCAAGGGUUAUUUGUGUUUCUCUUUUUUUUCCUUCUUAUUUGACCACCCAGAAAUAACCUUUCUUUGCAGAAUAAAAUGUGAUCGCAUAA